GACAGCAGAUUGUCAUUCAAAAGAAGUUUCGAAAAGGCAAAAAAAGGAUACUGAAAAAACUGAAAAAUGCAACUCAUAUAAUCGUCUGAAUAUUUAGACCGUUUCUAAAUGACCACAAAAUGUUGGUUAAAAGAUUGCUAAUAAAACGAUAAUCAAUUCAUCUGCUAAUAAAGGAAGAAUGAAAUUUAACAAUGAGUACUUCAGCGGUAGUUUGUCGUGAAGUUUUUGAUGAAAAUAGUCAACCUUCUGCCGAAGAAAUCUCUGAGUAUGCACAACAGUUGGGAAUUGAUCCAGAGAGUGAGAGCCAUCUCUUGCCAUUGGCUCGUGAUGGUCUCAUGCAAGCAUUACCAUCUCCAUGGAAGGCUUAUUAUGAUGAAAAACUUCAAACUCACUACUACUACAAUGAAGAGACAAAAAAGACUCAAUGGGAGCAUCCCCUAGAUAAUGUUUAUAGAGAAUUAGUAAAACGAGCUCGUGAUGCUUCUAUGCAAGAUGACACAUGUGCUUCUGUGCAGGAACUCCUUACAUUUGAAGAGAACACAAAAAAUCUCGAACGUGUUGAAACAAAGGUAGAAAGCGAUGACGACGAUCUAGCUACUGACAGUGAAAACCGUACUGAUGUCAAAGAAAAUGUAUCUGGAAUUUUAACACCUAGUGCUAAGCGUCCAAAUUCCUCUGGCCGAUCGUCUCUAGCACCUUUGUCGAGACUAGACAAAAAAUUGAGUGACUUACGAAUAUCACCUUUACGACGCAGUAUAGAUAGCUCAAUUUUGUCCAAACCGAAUCUGAUUAGAAACACUUCUGAUCGAGAUUUGUUGAGUCGUCCGACAUUGGAGAGGCCAAAGCAUUUAUUCAAACAUCAAUCGGAAAUCAUUGAUUUAAAAAUGCAUAUUCUGAAUAGUCCUGAGGAAGAGAAUUUCAGUCCAUUAUUAUCUGCUGCAAAGGUGGAUAAGGGGUUACCAUUGACUGGCAUGGGAAACAUGUUUUUGAAACUGAGUAAAUCAGAUCUUCCCAGUCCAGACACAGAUAAGUCGCACCCGUUGGAUUCAUUGACCAAGAGUGAUCCACCCAAAGGAAUAUUGAGAGAAAAAAUGUCAGAUAUUAUGCAGAGGAAAGUAGAUAAUGUUAUCGGGAGGCAGAGACAAGCUACGAGUUUUGAAGAAGACCGCAAGAGUGUGAGAUUCAAAUUAGAGAACUUACCAGAGCCAACUAUGAGUCCAGGUUCGAAUAGUUCAUCCGAACAAAAUGAUGGCCAAAGUUCGAUUAUAAGCGCUACACCAGCUGUUUCAUUACCUAUUACGCCAUCCCCCGCCAUACUCAAUCCAAUUGCGUCAAUCUCUUUAAAGCCAAUCAAUGCCAAUUUUAACCCUGUGCCUUCAAAUCUGGCGAUGAAGCCGUUAUCUUCUAUUCCUAUUUCUUCCAAUUCUGUGCCUUCUGUCCCAAUAACACAUCCCUCGAUAGUACUUUCUCCAUUAGCUUCUAGGCCUCCUUUGCCUCCACGUCCAGCUAGUGACAGUCCAAGAGAAGCAAAAAGUGCGUCUCUUUCUGAUAAAGAUUCUUUUGAGAGUGAAAACCGUGGUGUUUCCCCGAAGCGGCGGUUACUAAAGCCACCAGCUGGUGUUUAUAUAAAACCAGAUUUAUUCCAAAAGACAUUCCAGAAGAUAUCCGAUCUAGUUCGGCCCAGUGAUAUGGAACCUACGCCGAUGACUCUUGAGGAGCCAAAUUUUGAGAAAGAAGCAAGGCCAAGAUCUCCAAUGAUCCCACAAAAGAGCAAAAUAUCGAUAAACCUUAUGGAGAGUAUUGAAUCGGAGACUUCAAUCGAUUCCCCCGACAAGGAAUUUGCUAAUUUAGACCUCAAUGAUCUCGAUGAUACUAGUGAUAUACAGAAAGAUGACACUAAUGAAACUAUUAAUAAAACAGAAAGACAAGAGAAGGGAAGCCCUAAAGAUGUAGAAUCGCAUGAAAUUUCUGAGAAAACUUCAUCACAUUCCAAAGAAUCUACGCAUUAUAAGUCACAUUUAGAUAGCGUAUCGAUACCUCAAAUUAAAGUUCCUAAUUUAGACAUUAUUUCAAAGCAAAGUAAACUAGUGCAUUCCGAUUCUGAUGAUUCCAAAAAGUCUUUUAAUGAGGAAUCUAAAACCAAGUCUGUUAGUGUUGAAGUACACAAAGUUCCUCAGUUAAAAGUAUCUCCAACAGCUAGUUAUGCUUCAGAUAUUAGAUCUCCAAGAGAAUUUAAUAAGCCCUGGAGUCCUUUAUCAACUUUUAAACCUUUAAAUAAAGCUGUGGUAGCGCCACAAAUAAAGUCCUCUGAUUCAGCUUCAAGUUUAGGCAAGAGUUUGACAAGUCCUAGAUUAGACGGUGUGAUAUUAUCUCAAGGAAAAUCCACCGAUAAUGUCGUUGUGGUAUACCAGUUUGAAAGCAAUGAAGAUUCUAAUAAGAUUAUCAAAUCACCGUUGAUCCCUGAUGCAGGCACUAGAGAUAUGUUUGAUAGAUCUAAAGGCGAUGAAAGGAGAAGAUUAGAGCUAUCUCUACAAAAAGAGUUAGAAGGUAUGAGAAUGGAGUGGGCUAGUAAAGAAAGAAGAAUGAGAGCUGAACUCCAGGAUGAAAUAAGAGACUCGGAAGAGAGAUUUAUAUUAGAAAAGAGAGUACGACUGACAGAGCAGAGCGAACGGCAUAAAAAAGAAAUGGAAGAGGCGCUACAAGCAUCUGAACGAAACCACGCUCAAGCUUUACAGAAAUUAGAAAAAGAAUACGAGGAGAAGUAUCAUCGUGAAGCAGAGUCUUUAGCCAGGCAGCACGAAGAGAAGAUGAAACAACUAGCCGAAAAAUACCAAUCCAGAUUAUUGGAUCAACAGCAGCAGUUGGAAAUUGAAAACGAGCGUGCCCUAGCCGAACUAAGAGAUCAACUCUUGGCUGCCCUCAACAGAGAGAGAACAAGAAUGAUGGAAGAGAAUAGAGCAAAUAUUGAGACUUUACGUGAAGAACACACGACACGAAUCACCGAUCUUAGACAUGACUAUCGGGCUGAGGUAGAAAGACUGCGUACCCAGCACGCUUGCCAUUUAGAAGAAAUACGUGCUCGUUUAGCAAGCGAAAGGGCUGCUUCUGGUAGACAUCAAGAUGAGAGGGCACUCGCUGAAAAAUACAAGUGUUUGAAGGAGAAGCAUGCUAGAUUAAAGCAUGACGUCAAGAUGUCUAUGGAGCGUCGCAACAAAAGACGAGAAAUGAGCAUGACCACCGGCUCAGAAACUGAGAAAUCGAACUCUCAUAAAGCAACUCAAGAAAGAUGCAAGGAGUUAAACGAGCGUUCUUCAAGCGUGGCAGGUGAAACUGAGCCAUGUAGUGGACCAGUUAAUAAUAAUACUAGCGUAAGAUACAACGACAAUGAGAUGUCCAGUAACAACAACCAUAAUUGGAACACUACUAACAAUAAAAUAGCGUCUACGGAUACUUCUCUAGUGUCAGCGGCGAAACAGCAGCGGCCACAUCGACGUAUCACCGCCGUCGCCUUUAGAGAGCCGCUGCGUCGUAGGCGCGACAGAGACAGAGAUACGGGCAAGUUUACUUUUGACAGCGCAUGUGGUGCUACCACAGACUGCCAAGACUCAUCAGAUGCCACGACUGCAGAUGAAAAGCCAAAGGCGGCUGUUAAUGGUAUGGGUAUAAUUAAACCUAAGAUGUUAAGUAGAGAAGAUUCAGGUCACGGACGUCGCCGGUGCUUUACGAGGUUAAAAUCUGCAUCAACAUCUCGUCUCAACUAUUCGCCUAAGCGAGGUGAAGGUUGGUCGAGUCCAUUAGAGUGUCUGAGGCAGCAGCUUCGGAAAUUGGAUGAUCUCGAAGACCAGUUCCCUGAUCUCGCGUGCCAACCUUCCUAUAGUCUCCGAUAUCCUUUCGGCGAACUUGGUUCUGUGACGACUGCUGAUGCUCCAGAGUUAGAGUUCGUUCGUCAUCGGGCUUUAGUAGAGAGAGAAGGCAUUAGGAGAGCUCGCGCAGUUCUAAAGAAAAGGCGCGCUGCUCUCAGAGAAAGUAGGGCUUCUCUUUCACCACACAGGGCGCCAUCGGAAGCAACAACCAGUGAUGCAUCUUCGGGUAGUGAAGUGGCCGCUGAAGCGGAAGCGGGAGGAGCGGUAUUGAGAUCCCUUCGUGCCCUUCACGCUGACGUUCGUGAUAUAUGGAGAGCUUUAGAUGCCAGGAGGCCACAUACAGGUUAGUUUUCAGGGUUUCGUAUUUUAAUAGAAAAAGCCAGACAAGAGUCAGACCCGCCAAACUGGGGUUAGAUAUACUUUUAAUGGCUUACUUUAUUGAAAUCUUAAAUUUUGAGGUUAUCUUUUGUCAAUUUUUUAAAUCACAUGGCCAUAAAAUAUACAACACUAA